AAAGGAAGAUAACUCGUCUUUGUUCGUGCAUCCUUCAAGACAGAACCUUUGACCCCUCGUCCAAGAAAUAGAAUCGUCCAUUCCGGAAGCCAUCCGAAACGAUCAUCGCGAACGGGGAAAGUAGAUGCUCAGAGAAGGUGUAGUCCCGACGUGUAAAACUUUCUGCGGCAGAAGAGAGGAUUAGCGGCGAGAUGUAUACCACUAGAACGACCCGAACUGUUCGCACAUUCUACUCUGAUGGGCGUGGCCCGCCCAAGGUUCAGACCAAGACGUACACCUACGGGGAUGACAGUGGCGGAUCAUCGGUUAAUGGAGGUGUUAAUUUCGGGGGCGGGGGUGGACGCUUUCAGAUUCGCAUUGGGGGAGCUAGGGAAGACGGAACUGACCAACCAAGCUUUAGUGUCCCAGCGUUCUCCCAGAGACCCCAGGUGAUUGGGAGGUCCACGAGAAAGGAGAAGAAAGAUCCAUUUUCUGGAGUCAUUAACCAGAGUUAUGAUGUAAUCAAAAAGAAAUGCUUGGAAGAGGGAUGCUUGUUUGAGGAUCCUGAAUUUGAAGCUGAAGAUUCAUCCAUCUUUUUCAGCAGGGCACCUCCCCGUCCAUUUGAAUGGAAAAGACCACAUGAGAUUUGUGAUAACCCUGUCUUUAUUUCGGAUGGAGCUAGUCGAUUUGAUGUGCAGCAGGGAGAGCUAGGUGAUUGCUGGCUGUUGGCCGCUGUUGCCUCCUUGACCGUAAACCAGCGUCUCUUUGCCAAGGUGGUUCCACCGGACCAGACCUUUGAGGAUGGGUACUGCGGAAUGUUCCGUUUCCACUUUUGGAGACAGGGAGAAUGGGUUGAAGUGGUUGUGGAUGACCGUCUGCCAACUUACUACGGGCAGUUGACCUUCAUGCACUCUUUGGACAAGAAUGAAUUUUGGAGUGCACUGCUAGAGAAAGCUUAUGCCAAAUUGGAGGGCUCCUAUGAAUCACUGAAGGGAGGCAGCACCUGUGAGGCUAUGGUGGACUUUACUGGGGGUGUAUCUGAAUUCUUUGAUCUCCGUAAAGCUCCACCCAAUCUGUUCAGUAUCAUGUUAAAGGCCAGUCAGCGAGGCUCUCUGAUGGGCUGCUCUAUUGAUGCUGAUCCCAAUCAGUUAGAAGCUCGCCUGGCUAAUGGACUAGUGAUGGGACAUGCCUACAGCAUAACAUCUGUCCUCCUGAUGGACAUUGAGACCCCUAACAUGUCGGGUAAGAUCCCCAUGGUCCGAGUCCGAAAUCCUUGGGGUAAUGAAGCCGAGUGGAAAGGCAGAUGGAGUGAUCAGUCUAGGGAGUGGUCAUUAAUUCCAGAUUCCCAGAAGGAAGAAAUGGGCCUGACAUUUGAUGAUGAUGGAGAAUUCUGGAUGUCUUUCGAUGACUUUUCUAAAAAUUUUGAGAAGUUGGAGAUCUGUAAUCUUGGUCCAGACUCAUUAGAGGAGGAGGAAUUGGAUGGGAAAAAACGCUGGGAGGGGCACACAGAAAAUGGGGAGUGGAUCCCUAGAGUGAAUGCGGGUGGAUGUAGAAAUUAUCUAGAUACUUUCUGGACAAAUCCCCAAUAUCGUGUGACCUUGACUGACCCUGAUGAUGAUGAUGACGAUGACCUUUGUACUAUGCUGGUGGGUGUCCUUCAGAAGGAUAGGAGAAAGAAACGUAAAGAAGGACUGGAUAUGUUGACAAUAGGAUAUGUCAUUUAUAAGAUACCUGAAGGAACUGGGGAGGGUCCACUACCUCUGGAUUUUUUCAAGUACAAUGCUUCGUGCGCCAAGUCUAAUAGCUUUAUCAACAUGCGGGAGGUUUGUACACGACACAAGCUCUCCCCAGGACAGUACUGUAUUAUUCCAUCAACAUUUGAGCCACACCAUGCUGGGAAUUACCUUCUGAGACUUUAUACAGAGAGAAAGUCUCAUACUCAGGAAAUGGAUGAAGAGACUGGAAUAAUUGAAGAUCAGGGACCACAUUCAAGCAUGAUGGUUAUAGGAGUAUACAAUGUUGUAAAUCGUCGAGUUUAUGACAAUCGUUGUCCCAGUGGGGAUUAUAUGCAACCUGUACUAGUCCCCACCGUAGCUAGUGCCCCACCCUCUUUGGGGAGGCAGGAGAUCCAUAAAAUACCAGCUGCUAGAGAAAUCCCACCCCCAACAGAUGAGGAACAAGAGCAGGAACAGGCGCUGAAGAGCAGCUUCCGUCGUGUCGCUGGGGAGGACCUGGAAAUUGAUGCCUAUGAACUGAGGGACAUCUUAAAUGCCGUGUUUACUAGAGAGUUUUCCUUCGAUGGCUUCUCCUUGGAGACAUGCAGAAGUAUGGUAGCCAUGCACGAUGGUGAUCUCUCAGGAAAGUUAGGAUUUGAUGAAUUCAAAGUUUUGUGGGCUGACUUAAGAAGAUGGAAGGGAGUAUUUAAGGAGUACGACAGAGACAAGAGUGGCAAACUAAGUUCCUACGAGCUGAGAUCUGCUCUACAUGCCAGUGGUUUCCGUCUGAGUAACAGAACAUUUAGUGCUCUGGUAAUGAGGUACAGCAGCAAGGACGGCCAGGUGGAGUUUGGAGACUUCAUUCUCUGUGCCAUCAGAAUGAAGACCAUGCUUGCCUCUUUCAAGAACAUUGAUGUGGACAACUCUGGGCAUGCUGCCUUUGAUCUGGAUGGAUUUAUCCAGACCGUGAUGUAUUCAUAAACCUGUUGGCUACUACUGCUUUUGACUAGGAGAGCUUCCAGAUUUAGGAAAGCUUCCAGAUUUUUGACUGUUGAAGAGAUUUCUUCACAAGAACAAACAUUAAUAAUUAGGAAUAUAUCUACAUUUGUAGAUCAAUUUAUUGGGAUAUUGAAUUGUUUCUUAUUCACCUAGUAAACUGUUUGUAAAGACUUUUUAGCUAUGCAUGGCUCCUUGUUUUUGUUAGUCCUGCAUUACGUAAUGGUUGGAUACUUUUGUAGAUGUUUACACAUUAGCAGCUGAGCAGUGCAAUAACUGUUGAUACCUCGAGAAUGUUGUUAGUGUGUGGAAUCUCUUCUGUGUGUACAGUAUCAGAUAUUAAUAUAUAUACAAAUCUGACAUAUCUUUUCCUUCCUUUAAUGUUUUAAAACAAAAUUAAUAUAUACUCAAUAGUUUGUUUUGUGGAGGUUUUUUUCUUAAUAUUUACACAAAUGUACAUUUUUCUGAUCUUCAGUUUUAUUUUCCACAUCUGUAAAUACAUGUAUUUACAUUUUAUUAAAAAACAACACAACAUAUACGAUAUUUAUACAUAUAGAAGUAUUUUUUUAUUCUUUAGUAAUGUUUUUUUUGUGCAUCUCUGCUUCUUGUUUUCUAAUUAAUAAUUAACAAGUACCCUGUAAAUAUGUGUCAAGAGGCUCUUUUUUUUAGAGAGUGGUGACAUUCAACAGGUGUACAGCAUUUAAACAAAUUUAUGGCAUUAAUUUUUUCUGGUGCUCAUGACCAUAUUUGCCUUCUAAGAUAUUUAAUCAUUCUAUAUAUGAUCUGAAAGUGUCAGGAAUGUUGUUUUAUAUCACUUGUUUAAUGAUAAACCCCAGUUCAAAGCUUUUUUUUUACUCUUAUAUGCUUCACACAUUUAAUUUUUACACCCACAAUUUGAUUAUUAUAUCUUUUGAUCCUACUUUGUAGAUAUAGGUGUUGUAAUAAGUACAUGUACUUAUUUUAUUAUAUACAUACAAUGUUGUCUCUCUAUUGAGGACAUUUGGUUUUUCUGCUGGUUGGCCCCAGGCCGUGUUUGAUGGGCAACAACUGUUCAUAAGUUCUUAUACUGUAGAAUAUAUUAUUGGAUAUAGAAUAAAACCAAAUGUCGAAAGUAUAAA